UGAUGACUGAUAUUUCUAAUAAUAGUAUUGAUAUGAUAAGAAAGAAGAUAGUUUUAAAAUUACUUCUUCAAAGAAAAUCAUCACUUUCUAAUAUCUUGAGUGCCGUUACUUCAACCAAUUCUUUCUCGAGCCCCAGAGACCUCAACCAUCUUUCCACCAUUCUUAAUCAAACCAAUACAACUGAUGGAUCUCAGAUCGCAGACUCUCAGCUUCAAAUGUCGCUAUCUCCACAAAUAAUCCCCAUCCUUGGCUACAAGAAAGUAACACAGAAUCAUCCAGACAUAAAACUUUCAAGUUCAACACAUCCAGCUUUACCUUGAAGCUUUACAAAUGUCUCACAGCAGCGAAUACUCAGUGUUGAGCAGCUGAGCGACACCACCGAGCACAAGCCAGACCAGAGUCAGACUCAUUCUGUAUCUCUCGACCAGGCCACUCAAGACUUCGACUCAAAGCCAAAAGAGUCUCAGAAGUCGUCUGAGCAGCAUGGCAACUUUCAGCCCACAAGUCUGGUGUUCAAGGUGCGAAGAUACAGCAAACGACUGAACAAGUUCAUCUUAUUGACACGUCAUAGAAAGCUCAUUACCAAAUGUGAACACACAGGUGCAGAUGCUACCACCACAAAGGAGAGCGUGCCAAGCGUGCCACUGCUUGAGGUAACUCUCACAAGUUCCAUUAUGCAAAGGGACUCUGCAAAGGGUGCUACCUCACUGGGUACCACAAAGGCAGGAGACCCAAGCCAUCUUCAUAGACUUGUAGCCAGUGCACUACCUAAAGGUCCUGCACUGUAUGCUCGUCUGAAUGGGUGUCAAAGAUCAGAACCACCGACUCUGCAAGAAUGGAGUCUACGUCAUUUAGUCAGAAUGGGCUGGCAAAGAUGACGUGAACGACCAAACUUGUGUAGCUGAUGUCUGGGCCAAUUCGGACACUGAGUCGGAUGCGAAUGCUUUGUAGCCUUAUAUUCAUUUCCGAUAAUAACAUUUCUUGAUAACACUUUUCGAGUUGUGGUACCAACACAUUGAUAAUGUGUCUAAUUACCCCACUCUGCAUGUCGGUACAAAUAGUGGACUGCUGGUGAGAAUUGUGCUGCCAACACAACCAGAUUGCUCACCAACAAUUGGAUGUUCA